AUGGCUACCUUUCAGACAAUCCUUAUCAUCGGAGCCACCUCCGGCAUUGGCGAAGAAUUAGCUCGCCGGUAUCAUGCCAAUGGAAAGAAGGUCAUCAUUUCGGGUCGCCGAACGGAGAGAUUGGAUGUUCUGACGGCUGAACUACCCGGGUUGGGCUCCAUCCAGAUGGAUGUAAAGAAUCUUGCAGCUCUGCCAAGCAAGAUAAACGAAGCAUUUGCGAGAUACCCAGAAAUUGAGGCGGUGAUCAUCAACGCUGGCAUCCAGCGUCUCCUGGACUUCAACAUCACCGAUGUCUCUGCAGCCCAGUACCCAGCCACAGACGCCAUCACCGACGAGAUCACAACCAAUCUGAGCGGUCCGACCGUCCUCGCACGCUGCAUCAUCGAACACUUCAAAGCAUCGCGACCGAACCAACCUUGCCUUCUAGCCUUUGUGACUUCAGGUCUGGCGUUGGUCCCAGCCGCCAUGUUUCCCGUGUACUGCGCCACAAAAUCAGCGCUACAUUCCUUCACGGUGCUCUUAAGGAACCAGCUCAAGGAUACGCCUAUCAGUGUGGUCGAGAUUGUGCCCCCGUACGUGGAGACAGAAUUAGAUAGAGAUCACGUCGAUGAAUUGGCCAGACGCAUGGGCGGGACGAGGCCGCAGGCGAUGCCGGUCAAGCAAUACGUUGACCAAGUGGUGCGGGGGUUAGAAGUCACCGAGGAGAAUGGGAAGAUCCAGAAGUAUGUCGCCGAUGGCUUCCCUCGUGCUGCAGUUGAUGCUUGGGUCGGGGCUAUCAGUCCCAUGGCAAAGAUUGUGCAUACCGAGCUAUGA